AAGCCUAUGUCAUAAUAUAAAAAAAAACAGUGCAUUGAUGAAUUUAAAGCAUAUUUUCUGACCUUGUGAGCAUUUACAUGCCUCCGGUUUGUGGGUCAAAAUCCACAAUUUCGACAAACAAGUUUACAAAGUAAAUACCCUUGAAAGUUCCGAGAAGCGAAUUCCUCGAUGAUAAAUAUCUUUGGUUCGCAUUCUUUUAACUUGGUUUUAGCCCGGACGAAAUAUAUUCUUCACAGUAGGAACCUGUCAUCCAACUCUCUGAUUUAGAAGGAUGAUGGAGAUAAAUCUUGAACCGAGCAGCGCCGCGGAGCAGGGCCAAUCGGCCCCGACGCCCCUGGUGCAGGGCGACUCGAACCCCCACUCCUGCCUGAGCAACUGGCGGCGCUGGAUCCGACCGGCAUUCUACGUAGCCUACGGACUGCUCGUCGCGGUGGCAAUCCCCUUCAUAAUAUUGGACAUCGUGCACGCGGAUGAGCGCAGUUUUCAGAUUACAUUGGCCGGGGUUGGCUUUUUUGCUAUGAUCAUCUGUAUACCCAUAUCGGUGUGGGGCAUCAUCAACCACACUGUGUGCUACACUAGACCGGACCUUCAGAAGUUCAUCAUAAGAAUUUUGUGGUUGGUGCCAAUCUACGAGUUGAACAGUUUUUUCGCUCUACGUUUCCCCGCGGCGGAGAUAUAUUUAGACACAUUACGUCAGCUCUAUCAAGCGUACGUCAUCUACAAUUAUCUCUUCUACCUCCUGACUUUUUUCGAAGAGGUACCUGAUUUUAAGGAGAGGCUGGUCGCCAAAUCUCGGAUCAAGUCCCCGCCUCCCUGCUGCUGUGUCAAGGCGGUCCCUAACCAGAGGAUUAUCAACCGAUGCAAGAACGGAGUCCUCAACUACACGGUGAUCCGAAUUAUCUUUUCCGUCAUCUCAAUAAUCACCGAUCUUACUGGUAAUUUCAAGGAGGGUAAUUACUCGCCCAAGUUCGCCUUCCUGUGGGUGACUAUAUGCGUUUCCAUCUCCCAAGUUUGGGCAAUCUUCUGCCUGGUUCUCCUCCGAAAGGCCACCCUGGAGGAACUCCAGAUGCUGCCCCGCUCCAGAUCCCAGUUCGUUGGUAUCCAGGUGGUGGUCUUCUGCACGAACUUCCAGUCUGUCAUCCUGACUAUGCUGGCCCAGUUUGGAGCCUUGACGCCCAAACCAGAGUGGGGAUAUGAGACCCCCUUUGCCUUCGCAACAAUGCUUCAGGAUCUUUUAAUCUGUAUUGAAAUGAUUCUGGGCGCCGUCAUCUUUUCCUAUGCGUUCGACUACGAGCGUUACAACACAGACAGUGAGCAGAGGAUGAUACUGUCCAAGUCAUUCAAGCACAUGUUGAACGUGUCCGAUGUCAAGAGCAACAUUAUGGAGCAUCUCAGGUUUGGAGGUCAUACUUUCAACAGGCAGCACAGCGAGGCUACGGCCUGGGCAGACCAGCUCUCACCCACUCCUGACUCACCGACCUCUAUCCAAGAAUCCUUCCCACCUCGGGAUGUGGUCUCGAGUCCCCUGGGCAGACAGGCAGGCAAACAGCUCAUCUCUCUACCUGACAUCGUCUUGAAUCACCACAGCGAUUCAGACAACGCCACCAACGACGAUAUUCACCCUGACAACGGUGGCCAAGAUGGCGGCCAAAGUCAAGAUGGCGGAAGCCAAGAUGGCGGGCUUCAAAAUUACGGAUUUGAAAACCACGAGGAUCAAAGGCGAUUAGGUGCGAAGCCUCAGGAAGAGGACACUAGGGAUGACAUAAGUGGUGACACCGACUUGAUUGGUGAAGAGUUUGCGAUCGACGACGACGACGACAGCGAUGACAAUCAUCUUCCCGUCGAUGCGAGGUUGGACCACCAGACUGUCACUCCCCAGCAGAGAAGCGUGAAGAAGCUCAGCUUCGACGCAGGGAUGUCCUUUGACGAUAUGGACUGGGACCACAUCAAGAACCAUCGGUCUCCAACCAUGGACUCCCAGACGCCGAGUAUCAAGUCAACAGACAAAGACUUAAAUACACAAGGUGACGGAAUUGGCAGCUCGGAGGCGUAGGACCUCGUAAGGUGCAUGCCAUUAUGCCACACUAUAUACUGGGCCUUUGAGAGGGCCCCUUUGAGAGCUAGAGACGCCUGAUGCGGGCCGCGCCAGGCUUCCCUUUUUGUUGACAAUUUGUGGUCGCAUAUUGCUGGUACAUGCAGAUUAUAUCUAGUUAUAAAUGUGGUAGGUUAUGACGCACAUUUUUGGAUGGAUGACAGUCAUGAUGAUAAUGAAUAAAUUUCAUAACAUCACUCGAAAUCUGAGAUGAUUUAACUAUUAAAUUAAGUAGCGUGUAAACACAAAUGGAAAAGUCUGCAAUUCUUACCUGACUGUAAAACUGAAUUAGGUUUUAUCUGUAAACCUAUAUAAUAUUUUUCGUAUGCCUUAAUUGUUUCCUCGAAGAAUACAGAUCAGUGACGAAGUGUAACCAAUAAAGUCGACAAUAGAGAAUAUGUCAAUCUGAUUCGUCAAGUUUAUACGUCUAAUUGAUGUAAGCCCUGUGGCCCCUUUAUUGCGAGGACUGUGAUUGGUGCAGUUUCUAACAUUGGUAGCCAAUGAGAACGAAGUAAACGAUUCUGUAUAUAUAUAGGAGCAAAUUUAUUUAAACUUUAUUGUGUAAAAUAACGUUAUAGAAAAGGUUUUAAAA